AUGAAGCGUGGCAGAGAUGACGACGACGACGACGCCACCAGCGGCAGCGCCAUGGGAAACGACAAUCAUCGUAUCCAGGCCGCCGCCGCUCACCAAGCAGCUUCUGGCACGGCGCCGCCACCAGUCAAGCGUCGUCGCCGCCGCCGGGGCCAGGACGACGCGUUCGAGUGCCAGACGUGCGGGCGGCGGUUCCCGACGUUCCAGGCGCUGGGCGGCCACCGGACCAGCCACCUCAGGCGGCCGGCGAUGACCAAGAAGCAGCCGCGGUCGUCGUCAAAGGCGGUGCUGGUCCACGCGUGCGCCAUGUGUGGGCUGGGCUUCUCCACAGGCCAGGCCAGGCCCUUGGUGGGCACAUUGAGGAGGCACCGCCUGGGCCGGGCUGACAGCAUGGCCGGUUUUCCUUCUGCUGAUCUGGACCUUACGCAGAUCAUCGUGCACGGAAGGCCCACUUCCGCUUCCUCCUCCCUGCAGCUUCUCAACCUGUUCGUGUAG